AUGGCAGCCAUUGAGUCAGAUUCAAAGAUCUCUCUACACGUACGCUCUAACAGCUUUCCUUCUGCACCUCACCCCCUUGUAUCACAACUUGAGGAGCAUCUGAAGAGAUUGAAGUCCUCUGAAUCUGCAACUUCAUCUUCUUUAAGUCACAAACUCAAUGGCUUGCAAGAUUUACAUGAAUGUACUGAUAAGUUGCUUCAACUAAACAUCACCCAACAAGUCCUAACACGAGGUUGCAGCCGAGAGUGGGUUGAUGAGUUACUUGACGGGUCUCUAAGGCUUUUGGAUAUAUGCAGUACUGCUAAAGAUUGUCUUUUGCAAUCAAAGGAAUGCGUGUAUGAAAUUCAGUCAGCUAUUCGAAGGAGAAGAGGAGAUGAAAGUGCAUUCACAGCCGAAGGCGGAAAGUAUUUGGCUUCCAGAAAGAAUAUGAAGAAGGCAAUUCAAAAGGUGUUUGGAAAUGUUAAAGAAGUAAGACAUGAGUUCAAGUUUUCUUCUGCAAACAAGGAAAACGACAUGCUUAGCUUUGUUAAAAGGAGCAGAUAUGGUCACUUUCAGUACAUUAGAGUCUUUGUUGCACUUUAUCUCAGAACCAAAGGGACAACUGAAUGA